AUGGAAUCUGGAGCCGGUUUAACAUCCUGGCACCAGGCUUUCGAAGAGCAUCGUAUUCCUACAACGCGGGCCAUCGAAAAGCAAUUACGCGCAAAUGCUUCGAGAGACAAGGAAAAGCUCAGAGGCUUGGUUGGUGGCAGUUAUCGCGAGUUUUUAGCAACUGCAGAGGCGAUUGUAGUCUUGGAAGAGAAAGCGCAAGCAGCUGAACGGCAUAUCUCAUCUAUAAGUCAUGAUUGCAGGCCACCACAGUACGACUCGGCGCGUCGGCCGCUGCCCACAGACAAGGUGACUUUGGCUCAAUUUCGACUCUUACACCGGUGUUACACGACUUCGGUGACAUGUCUUCAGAACCAAGACAUCUUGAAAUGUUCCAAGUUGACUCUUCUGUCACGACUGUUGUUGAGAUCAUUAGGAAACGAAAGCUCCUUGUCCUCGAGCCUCGAGCAUAUGAGAGGGAAACUAGGAGCACUCCGGCAGCGCCUCCUUCGUCAGGUCAAUGCCAAGCUGGUCAAUCCUGCCUCCAGUGUUCCGGGGCUAGUCGAUGCAGUGUGUUCAUACUGUCUGGUCACUGAUGUCUCGUCAAGCAAGGCUCUAGAUCACCUUCGCGAACGUCGACUCGACAAGUUACGUCGUCAAUUAGAUGCUUCUCGCAACCGCUCGGCCAUCUGCGAAGCUCUUCGAUACCAGCUUGUAUCUCUGCAAUUAUUCAAAACACUCACCGGGCAUCCGGUAUCAGAGGCAAUAAACAAUCUUCAGAGGAAGGCAAUAUUAGCCGACCCUGCUUUGAGAGAGCUUGAGUCUCUCGACCUGGAUCGGACUUGGCCUUUACUGCCUGAGGAGAUUCAGACCUUUGUGCCGUACUUCCAACGGACCGCAUCUACUUCUGAAGAAAUGCAUACUAAACUAGAGACAUGGUCCAAGGAGUCUUGCGGUAUACUCGAGAAAGCCAUCAACGGGCAUCUUGCGGGAUUGAACGAUGCCGUCGAGGUCCUUGAAUUGAGACGAGAACUCUUCACCCUGCUGUUGCCAAUGUACUUCUCUACACCAGCUAGCAGAGACAUUAGCAGAUGCAUCAGGAAGUCGUUAAAUGAUCAAAUGAGAGACAUAUGUCAAGAUCAGGGGUCCAGACUUAACAAGAUCGCAGAAGAGCUUGUGACUGCAUCACGUUCCAGCACCUCUAGCAAUUCACUAUGGUCACCUGAGAUGGUUCAGACACCUCUCGACCAGGGAGGAACGAAGAUGAUCAAGAGAUUGAAAGUGCGACAUUCUGGGCUUAACAAAGCUCUCUCGAAAGCGACAAAGGCGUUGGACGACUGGGUUGCAGGUAUACAUGCAGCCAAGGAUCAAAUCAACGAACUCUCCAGACUACGAUGGCGAGAUAUGAUGGAAGAGCCAGAUGAGGAAGAGGAGGAUGAAGCAACACUAGAAGUCCGGAUGCUUUGCGAAGACGACCCCGAUUAUUAUAGCAAGAAUUUGCAGGAGUCUGCACGGAAAGCGAUAUCUGGGUACGAGGUAUGCCUUGUGACAGCCGCAUCCGAGGUCAUCGCGCAGCCUUCAGACCUCUCUCGUGUUGUUUACGUUGUCCGCGCGAUCAGGAUAUCAGCCGGAGUCUUGUACAAAGCGUUCCCAGAAGAGACGCACGCAUCAAAGGUGGUUGAAAAGAUGCAUGAUCUCCACAAGGUUGUCGCCGAUGAAGUCGUUCGACAGCUGAAGGAAGCCGGUCGUGGGAACGGCAGAGCACCAAAAUGCGACACGAGCCAGCUUCCUGAGGGCAUGCCUUCGCCCAAGGCCUUUACGGCUUUGCGGCGGCUGUGCCGGGUCAUGGCUGAUAUUGGCGGGACCGAUAUAUGGACCAUGCCUGCAGUGACCUUGGUCAAGAAAGCAGUUGCGGCAGAGAUUUUUGACCCAGAGUCUAAAGGCAACUAUGUCGACACGGAUUUCGACGAGGCGUAUUUUAGAGUGGCGCUGCAAGACGGCUCCGACAUUGCAAAGCCGAAGCUCACCGAAUCCGAGAAGACACAACAAGCAAUUGAGUACUGGACGAGGACGAAGCUGCUGUUUGGCAUGCUUGCUUGA